CAUAACAACGUGUGCCGCCGCCGCGAUUCGGAAAAUGCUUUCGCACAGUUUUCAUCGUAAUUUCGGGCGUCUGCACCGGUAUGGCCACCGUGCGUUCUCUACGAGGCCGCUCCCGAGCCAGGAGCACGAAUAUACCGCCCAACCAGAGUACCCACCGAUCCAGGAAGUCGGAUUUAAGGCGCAGAAAAAACGGGAACGAGAAAGCUGGCACAAGCGGAUUGAGCGGUUGAGCUCGGUCGAGGAGAAGCUGUUCGAGAUCAAUAUGCCCAAGUACUACGGCUACAAGGCCAGCAUGCUGACCGACGAGAAGUUCCCGUACAACAGCAAACCCUUCCUGCAGUACGCCACGAGGACGAGCUUCCAGGAAGGUCUGCCGGCCUUCUACAAUCCGCUCAAGGAGGAAGCUGCUAAGCUCCUGGAAUCGAUUCGCGGCGAUCUGGAAGAUACGAUCGGGUUCGAGCUAUCUCUCCACAAGCAUUUAGAGGGUCAUCGCGUGGAGAAAGAAGAAGCUGCAACACGCUCUAUUCUGCUGCAGUUGAAUCGUACAAUAACGAACGCACUUAGCGCCAGCCAUCCGCACCUGAGCGAGAUCGAAAUCGAUGUCGAUCCACGACAUGAGGCGUUUUGGUUUCUCGGUGGUAUCGCUCCUCCGAAGCUUGUACGCAAAAUCAAAGAAGGCCUAGAGUGGCAGAAGCAAUAUGCCAAUGAUCCAUACGAUCGCAACAUCCAGUACAUCGGCAAACCGUAUCUGGCGCUCCGUCACAGGAACUUGCUCGAUCCGCUUGAGGCCGCUGGAGAGCUGGAUACAAUCGACAUCAAGCAGGACAAGGUGGAUGUUCCCGACUUCCGGUACGAUCCACUUACGCUCGGCUACAUGACAGAGUUCCGCCACGCAACCACUGUUCCGGGAUUUUGGCCGGGAGAUCAGCACGAGUUCGGAUUGCUCUCUUUCCAAAGAAGAAGCCAUGCCAUUGAUCGGCAACGGUAUUGUGCUAUCAACGAUCUGGAAGAAGCUCUGCAUGCACAAGGUAUACUGUCCAGUUACGCUUGGUUGCUGGGGCAGGCUUGUUAUCAAGGAUUUUCGGUCUUCAACGAUGUGACCUACCCAUUAACCACACAAACGGUGAUCACCGAUGGAAAACAUUGGUCCUUCUACGCCUACCAGCUAAACACCACGCUUCUGCAUACGGACCAAGUUGACGUUAACAAUCGCUACAAUCUGUGCUGGGGAACGAAGGAACUACCGUUGUUCGAUUCAGUAGAGGAGUCCGGCAAAGUUAACGGUCUGCGUGAUGAUACCCUACUGCAUCUCAUUAUGUUCUAUUUAAAUCAACCGAAACAGCGACCGGACGUCGAGUUGAAACCAUACCUCUGCCCGAAAGAACCGUAUAUCGCUCAGAUCGAAGACGAAAAGCGACGCGUGUUCAUGGAGGAAGCUUACAAACGGUUGGUCUCCAAUCGACCCCGGCAUCGGCUUGUACCGGAGGUGUACCUGUGGGAGAAGAUAUACAAAAUUGAUAAUAAGACUCGUCCGAUGGAACCAAAACGACGACCAUUCGAACUUGGGGAAAAUAUGUACAAGCGUCGCAUGGACGAGCACGCGCUGAAAUACAUCCCUCGUGCCGUCCGUCCCGAUGGGCCAAAGAGUAGACCCAAGUUUGAGGCAACAUACUAUCCAAAUGUGAGACGCUAGGAGUCUGGUAGCCGCUUGAUAAACCGUGUGUAGCAUAGACGAACAAUAAAGCUCCCGAAAGAUGUAGAUGUAAAGUACAAAAGCGUUUAUUGAAUCUAAAACACAAACUUACGUAUUAUAAAAAGAAUAGGCAGGAAACAGAACACACUAAGGUACAAGUGGCGUUUCUGCAAUGUAAUGAGAU